CCGGAGCUGCUUCCGUACCAGGCGGACCAAAGUCUCCACUGCUGGCCGCCGCGCGCAACGACGCUCCGGCCGCCAGACUCUGCUCAAUAUGCGCGUCAUUCCCGACGAGGUCGCCACGCUCAUCUCAGAUCUUGAACAUUUCCUCUCCGAUGGCUUGAAGGGAGAAAACUUAACCAAGAAGGCCAGAGAGAAGAGGGAAACUCUCAUCAGAAGAUUGAAAGAUGUCAGGCUUAGUUUCCCACAAGAUUUCAAGGACAAAAUAGGUGGAGAUGACUCUGAAUAUGAGGAAGACGUUGACAGCAACAAUGACGGCGGUUCGCUGCAGUCGGAGCGCGCAGACAAGGAUGAGGAGACCUGCGAUGGUGCCCAGCAGUCCCCACCUGUGGCGGCUCAGGACCUUACAUCUGUCUUUAAAGCAGGAUAUCUGGAAAAGCGCAGAAAGGAUCACAGCUUUUUUGGCACUGAGUGGCAGAAGAGGUGGUGUGCUCUGAGCCAUCAUACCUUCUACUAUUAUGGCAGUGAGAAGGACAAGCAGCAGAAGGGAGAGUUCAAUAUCGACGGCUACACGGUCAAAAUCAACAACACCUUGCGGAGGGACUCAAAGAAAGACUGCUGCUUUGAAAUUUCGGCUCCGGACAAGCGAGUCUAUCAGUUUUGUGCGUCAUCAGUCAAAGAGGCGGAGGAAUGGGUGAAACAGAUAGACUUUGUUUUGAGAGACAUGUCAGGAAUCAUCCCAGAAGAAGAGGAGGAAGGAGAGAUGUAUGAUGACGUUGGACAAAUAAUUGAUUCACAUGAGCCAAUCGAUGAAGACAUCUAUGAAGAGCUCCCUGACGAAGAGCUUCCUUCAGUGAAACCUCCUCCGAAGGUCAAUCCAUCCAGCAAACCCACCCCUCCGCCGCCUCCUCCUGCUCCUGCUCCUGCUUCAGCUCCUGCUCCAGCUCCAGUCGAUAAGAGCACCGACUACCAGAACUACUACCAGGGCUUAUGGGACUGUACAGCGGACCAGCCAGACGAGCUGUCUUUCAAACGCGGAGAUGCCAUCUACAUCCUCAGCAAGGAGUACCAGAGUUUCGGCUGGUGGGUUGGAGAGAAGAAUGGAGCCAUCGGCAUCGUACCCAAAGAAUAUCUGAUUGAGCUGUAUGUCCUGUAAAUGCGUCUGAUGUGCAACGUUAAGACCUCGUGACUGCAAGUUUUAAUGUGUAGCUAAAGCAUUAAAAUAUUUAAGGAGUUAUCGUCAUUGCAGGAAACUCAAUCAUCUGAUUUUCACACGAUUAAAUCACACCUGAGAAUUUUACUUA